CGAAUUAACACUCACACCACUCUUGUAUCUAUUCACUACACUCUGCCGUGCUACUGUCUUCUGUCUCCUACGCUAGUCAUGACAUCCAGCAACAAAAUUUACGUUGUCACCGGUGGGAACAGAGGUCUCGGCCUUGGCCUGGUCAAAUCGCUCCUAGCGCGCCCUGCUACCACCGUCAUUGCUUCUGUCCGCAAUGAGGAGGCAGCCGCCAGUCUCCAGGCCGAGACCCAAGCUGUCACCGCAGGCAAGCAAAGCAGCCUCCACAUUCUCCAGCUCGACUUCUCAUCGGCCAUUGCUCCCGAAAAGGUCGUCGAGACUUUCAAUAUUGCCGCUGGCGUUGACCACAUAGACGUUCUCAUCUGCAACGCCGGGUACGCAGCCCCCAUGGUGCCCGCUGUCUUGACUUCGGCUGAGGAUCUACGGGCAUCCUUCGAAACCAACACAAUUGCUCCCUUGCUCGUCUUCCAGGGACUGUGGCCCCUACUCCAAAAGUCUGCUGGCGCGCCCAAGCUCAUCAACAUUUCUUCUUCAGUCGGCUCCAUCGGCGGCCAAGAACCCUUCCCGGGCGGCGCUUAUGGACCCAGCCGUGCGGCAGGAAAUUGGCUCACACGCGCACUUCAUCUUCAGCACCCGAACUUGAUUGCCGUGGCGCUACACCCGGGAUGGGUGCAGACGCGGGCAGGAGACUUUGUCGCUCAGCAGUGGGGAUACGCACCUGGCCCUCCUGAGACAAUCGACAACAGCGUCAAGGGAAUGCUGCAGCUGAUCGACGGGGCUACUCGAGAGGCUACAUCGGGCAAGUUCAUUACCUAUGAGGGACAAGAGCUAGUGUGGUAG